AACAUCCAUUUCAAACAAUUUAAUGAUGGUGGACAAAUUGUAUUGGCGUAUUUGUUUCGUUAGCGCCGCAAAAUGUUAAACUAGAAUGUUAAAUUAAAAUUGUUUUUUAUUUUUUUUGUUAAAACAGAAAAUGGUAACAAUCGUUGAUGAUUUAGAGUCUCUAACAGUACAAGGGGCGAUUUUCAAAGAUGUUAAAUACUACCUUUCUGGCGAUGUUUCUGAAAAGAUUCAGCAGUUGCUUCAGUCAGGUGGGGGUGAAAGUACCCAAUAUUUCUCAGAUUAUGUUACUCAUCUGAUUUGUGGUCAAAAUGCCGCUGAUACAGAUAUUGAAGAAGCACAGGACAUCUAUCAGAUACCAGCAGUGACUGAGAACUGGGUUCUCGCGUGUGUUAGACUAAAGAAAUUGUCAAAUCCAGAACCCUAUUUUCCUAGCAAGAAUAAAAUUUUUUCAAAUGUUGUUGCAUGUAUCGCAAAAGUGUCUGCAGUCGACGCUAAGGCAUUAUUUGCGCUGAUUACUUACCAUGGUGGAAAAGUGAAUAUUAAUUUGGAUAGUAAGUGUACACACUUAAUUUGUGGCUUAGCAUCUGGCAAAAAAUACAGUGCAGCUCUUACUCUGUCUCACAAAAUAAAAAUCAUUACACCCGAUUGGGUUCAUGAAAGUCUUAGAGCUAGGAUACAAGCUGUGGCAGAAGUGUUCCACCCAAAAUUACUAGUUGUUCCAAAACCACCCCCUAAAGCAAUGGAUCGCAUUAGUGCAAUAACAGGCUUUGAUUUUGAAGAAGGUAUUGCUAAAAAUGAAGUGCCCACACAAAAUAUGUCUGAAAAUAAAAAUGAUGAUACUAAAGCUCUCUUAGACAAACUAAAACAAAGAAUGCCUUGGAACAGUAAUCUAUCCACUGCAAGUUCUUCAGUAGUCACUUCAUCCAGCGGUGGGAUGGGAUAUUCUGCUGCAGCCAGCUCUCCUAGUAUUAUAACUAAGGCAAUACCACAGGGUAUUGUAACACAAAACAUACAGUUGCAAAGUAAUCAGAGUAGCCCUCAACUCAUGCAAAAGUUUGGUCAAAAUCCAAAUGUAUCCCAGUCCAAUAUUCAAAGUCAGCCAGUAAACAUUCAACAAGGUUACACUCAACCUCAACAGUCUCCACAGCCACAUGGAUUGUCUGCCAUACAGAUUCAACAGCAAAAGCUUCUUAAGCAACAUCAAUUUAGAAUGCAAAUGCUGCAACAAGGAUUCACUCAAUCCAAUAUACCUGUAUCUCAGAUGAAUCAGAAUAGUAUGUCAACCCAAUUACAACAGCACAAUAUACAAAGUAGCCAGCAUCAUGUUCAACAAACGCAGACUGCACCAACUUCAAACACCACAAUGACAUCGGCCCAGCAGCAAAUUGAAAGUAUAAGUCAAAUGCUCAGCCAAAGUGCAAAUAACAUGCAGCAGGCUCAAUUGAAUCAGCAAAAUUACCAGAAACAAAGUUUGACACUGAGCCAGCAAAGUGCUGUUCAGAAUAUUGCACAACAAUUAGCUCAAUCCACACAAAACCUACAGCAAAGCUUACAGAAUGCAAAACUCAAUCAAGGCUUAGGGCAAAACCAGGUUCUGAACCAGCAAUUGUUAAAUUCAGGUCAGCAAAUGGCACAGAAUCAAGGACAGGUCUUACAGCAGCAGACUGUACAAUCUUUGACUAAUCAGCAACAAAAUAUUAACAUGGGUGUUGUUAACCAACAAGGGCUAGUAACAUCUCAGUCACAGUCUAAUCAAGGAGGUCAGCUUAAUCAACUUGUUGGCAGUAACCAGCAAGCUGUAAUUGGCCAGCAAAUGCAGAGUGUACAACAAUCCCUGCAAAAUCAACAAUCUGGAAAUGUGCAAGUUCAAGGGAAUUGGAGACAACAAAAUAUUCAAAUGGUACAAAAUGUCCAAGGCCAGCAUCAGAUUAUACGCAGUCCUCUAGUUCAGCCCCGUAAUCCACAAAAUCAAGUGAUACUACAACAACAACUGAUGCAGACUCAGCAACAAGCCCUGAUCAACAAUCAACAAUUGAGUCCACAACAUAGUGUUCAACAGUCACAACAAAUUCUACAACAGUCCAUAGGAUCUCAGGGACAGGGAUUAAACCAGACUCAUCAUCAAAUAUUGGUUCAGAAGCAGCAAUUGUUAAACAGUGGGCAACAACAGAUAGUGCAGGGUGCACAGCAAGUGCUGAUCAAUCAGCAUACAGGCCAGCAGCAGAUAUUAGUGCAUGGGAAUCAGCAGAUUACUCUUCAGUCACAGAACCAGAUUGUUCAGCAAGGACAGAUAAAUCAGGGUGGACAGCAAAUAAUUAGCCAAGGUCCACAAGUAAUGUCACAAGGAGGACAUGUUCUUACUCAACAGGGACAGCAACACCAAGUUGUGAUUGCACAAUCUUCACAGAUUGGAGGCCAAUCUGGUCAAAUAAUUGGGCAGAAUGUUGGGCAAACACAGCAAGUGUUGCAACAAGUGCCACAGUCCCCACAGCCUGGGUCUCAGAUGUCUGCUGGAAACAUACAACAGAUUAUCACACAUAGCGGAGGUCAACAGAUUGUGUCUCCUGGGGGGCAAUCAUGGCAACAGCAGCAGUACAUACAGCAGAGGCAAUCAAUUGGACAGGCUGGUGCUGUGGGACCAAGGGUAAGAAGAUAGAUUAUCCAUGAAUUCAAAUACUAUUCAUAUUUAGCAAUGGUUGCCUGCACAUUCAUAACUAAUAACUAAAUCUCGCUUAUUUGAUUAAGUUAUAAUUUUUUCAUUGCAAUUGCAUUAAAAUGCAUGUUUAAUUUUUAUUGUAUCUUAUAAGUCAUAUUUUCACAUGAACACAAAUUAUUUUUUAAUUGUGUUAACGGAACAGUGUGGUGUACUUUAGAAUUAUUAAUUCCUCAUUAGGUUAAGGACAAUUAUUAUAGUUACUGUUAAAUUUUGCUUAUGGCUUUGAAAUGCUUACAAUAUUUUGC